CGUGCUCACGUCCUCCGUGCGGCAGGAAGCGUUUCUCCUUUCACAAGCGACGACCUCCAGAACCACCGGUCUGAUAUUACCGCUCUGAUCCGUCUCCUUUAUUCGGUGCAUUUGAUCCCGUCUGCUUGCAUUAUGGCCGCGUAUAAGCUGGUGCUGAUCCGCCACGGCGAGAGUUGCUGGAACCAGGAGAACCGAUUCUGCGGCUGGUUCGAUGCCGAUCUGAGCGACACCGGAGUCCAGGAGGCCAAGAAGGGCGGAGAGGCUCUGAAAGAGGCGGGUUAUGAGUUUGACAUAUGCUACACAUCUGUGCUGAAGCGUGCCAUCAGGACCCUCUGGCUGGUGCUGGACAGCAUCGAUCAGAUGUGGCUGCCCGUGCAUCGCACCUGGCGUCUGAAUGAGCGCCAUUACGGCGGCCUCACAGGCCUCAACAAAGCCGAGACGGCAGCCAAACACGGCGAGGCUCAGGUGAAGAUCUGGAGGCGCUCCUUUGAUAUCCCACCUCCAUCCAUGGAUCCAGACCACGACUUCUACACCACCAUCAGCAAGGAUCGUCGUUAUACAGACCUGACGGAGGAUCAGCUGCCCUCAUGUGAGAGCCUGAAAGACACAAUCGCUCGAGCGCUGCCGUUCUGGAAUGAAGAAAUUGUUCCUCAAAUCAAGGAGGGCAAGAGAGUUCUCAUCGCUGCCCACGGCAACAGCCUGCGAGGCAUCGUCAAACACCUGGAAGGUAUGUCAGAGGAAGCGAUUAUGGAGCUGAACCUUCCCACAGGAAUCCCCAUCCUCUAUGAGCUGGACAAGAACCUGAAGCCCAUUAAGCCCAUGCAGUUCCUGGGAGAUGAAGAGACGGUCCACAAAGCCAUGGAAGCCGUCGCUGCGCAGGGCAAAGCCAAGAAAUAGAUGGAGACAUUGUACAAAUGGUCUCUCAUUUUCCUCAAUUCUCCUCAAAAAUGCAAUCAGUGUUGUACCAUGAGCCUAGUACCAAACCAAUGACCAAUUAUAUAUUUGUUAAUACUCCUGAGUGCAGGGACCAUCUUAAAGGGAUAUCUCACCCAAAAGUGUAUUUCACCCUCCUGUCGUCACAAACCCCUCUUUCUUUCGUGGAACACACGAGGAGACGUUUCCUUUCGUGUUCUUCAGAAAUGCGAAAGUUAUACGGAUUUGGAACAACAUGAGGUGGGAUUAUUGGCUGAACUUUCCCUUUAUUAAAACACUUGCAGAUGUUACUGUCACUUUAACUGCUGGAUUAUGUAAAUAUGAAACUGAGCCAGUCGAUUUAGCACAGGACGCAUUUUUGUGUUAUUUAGUCUCACAUUUCAAAGUAGGGCACUUGUGUUUAUCUGUGAUGGCACUGCUUUGACAACGGUAUCCAGGCAACUGCUCAUAUUAAUUAUUGGGUGGGCAGCUGAAAUUGUGCAUUUUGUGUGAUUCAUGCUUAAUAACGAUGCCCUAUAUCUCUAUACGCCCACAGAAAUGCUCUUAAUAUAUUCCACGAUUUUGAAAGCACUAAGAUAUUCCUUAAGACGGUUUAUAUUUAGGAUAUUCGUUAUUCAUGAGUCAAGAUGUGAGUUUGGAUGGUGAUCAGCAGCAGAUUAUAUUCCUAUGAGAUGUUUAUGAAGAUGCUGGUUUUUGUCCUGUGUGUUGUAAUUGUCACCACAUCAUGUUAAUUCAUGUUUUGAUGUAUUCGCAGUGAAUAUGAAAGGAUAUUUCCUCACAUGUUCUUUGUACACUUGAAUGAGUACAUGAAACAUGAGUUUAUUAAUGUGCAAUCCCUAAUAAAUGUUGUCUGACUUCAACAGAAUAUGUGUUGCAUGGUGUUCCUGUUUUUUGGCAUAUAUUAUGUUUUCCCAAUGUAUAGUCAUAUUUUUUUAAAAACCGCCAAAACUGAGUGAAACGAGGUUAUAAUCGGAGGUUUUUAAGGUGAAUUUAAGUUUCAGUACAAGAAGACGCAAAGACAAUCUUUAGCCAAAGUCGAAGAAAGUCAGUCAGACGCGACUGGGACGGCAUGAGGGUGAAUAACUGUUUUUGGAUGAACUAUCCCUUUAAAGGGAACUUUUAUUCUACUCGAAUUUUCAUAAACCGGACUGCCGGUAUUUCACAUGAAAAUCAGGUUGGGGCAUUUUUUGUAGUGGCAGGUUGUCACAUGUUUUAAAGCUGCACUCAGUAACGUUGAGGUUGUCGGACUUGCGCUGACACCUAGUGGUGUGGAUGCAGCAUCAUUUAAAAUCAAUAGUUUUCAGUUUCAGAUGUUAUUGUAGGAAUUCACUAUUCACAGUCAGCCAUGAUGACUUUAAUCAAUGAGUGGGAGUGUCAAUAACAGGACGUUACUGAGAUUAAGUGAGUAGUAUUCAGCUAGUCAUGUGAUUCAAACAUGGCCGCCCCCAUAAGGAGACCCUCUCCAUGUAGAAUAAAA